AUGGCUUCGACGUCCGGCGUGGUGCGCCGAAGAGGAGCUGGUGCGGCGACAGGCAGUGCCGAGGACGAAGGCGCCCGCGUGGCUUCACCUGCACCCCGUAACGACCGCGACCGCGCGCCAGAAACAUCGUACGAGGACUCAGAGAACGGCCACAAGAUUGCGUUUGACCCGCGGGACAUCAGCGAGAAUGCCGAGCGUAGCAAGCAGCCCAAGCUGACGCUCAUGGAGGAGAUUAUCCUCAUGGGUCUGAAGGACAAGCAGGGCUACCUUUCCUUCUGGAACGACAACAUUUCAUACGCACUGCGCGGAUGCAUCGUCAUAGAAUUGGCCUUCAGGGGCCGCAUAAGCAUGCAGAAGGACUCGUCGCGGCGGCGCUUCCCUCUCGCAGACCGGGUGAUUGAGGUGAUUGACGACACGCUGACAGGAGAAGUGCUACUGGACGAGGCCCUCAAGAUGAUGAAGUCAAGCGAGAAGAUGAGUGUCAACUCGUGGAUCGACCUCAUGAGCGGCGAGACGUGGAACCUCAUGAAGAUUGGCUACCAGCUGAAGCAAGUCCGCGAGCGUCUCUGCAAGGGCCUUGUCGACAAGGGCAUCCUGCGCACCGAAAAGAAGAACUUCCUCCUGUUCGACAUGGCCACACAUCCCGUCGCAGAGGGCGCCGCAAAGGACGAGAUCAGGCGCCGAGUCCGCAACCUCCUCACCAACCGCACCGUCGUCCUUCCUGGCAGCCAGUUCCUGCCGGAGGAGCUCGAGUUCAGAACGCUGCGAACCGUCGCCAUGGUCUGCGCUGCCUACGCUGCAAACGUGCUCGAGAACGCUCUUACUACGCUCGGACAUGAGGCGAGGGAGCGCGCAUUCGCUCAGGUCGACGAGCUGCUGGCAGAGUACUCGCAAUGGCCGUUUGCCAGGAGAGCAGGCGGUGGACAGGGUGUGGGUGCCAACCUGGGCCAGCUCAUCAACGACGAGAUCAACUCUGGCAAGGACAAAGAGCUACAGAUAGAGGUGGUCGCAGCGUGUCUGAGCGUCUUUACAAGGCUAGACUCUCUCCUAUGA